CCCGCUGGUUGCAGCGUACAGCGCCCCCACCAAAGGGUUUUUCUAACUCAACGUGUCUGUUUUCAUUGGUAUGACUGGACGUUGACUUGAGGAACUGUGUGUGGUAUAUCAAGUUACGGUGCUGUCCUCUUUUACACAGGAGAUUAUCAUUGCAUUUUGUCAACCACAAGUUCUGACGCAAAGACGUAAAAGUGUGCUAAUGGAUACAGGUAAUGUCCUUUGAAGAUAAUACAGUAACCAUGACAACCAUGGCUAUUAUUACUGGGACUACAGAUGAGGAAUUGGCUGCCAAAUUAGAAGAAGCAAAUAGGUUACUUGAAUCGGACGCCAAAUCAUUGAAAUCUUUGUCAACACCAUCAGAGUCCUCACGGCGAGGUUCAGAUUCAAGUUUGAAAUCAACUAGUUCUAUUGCAAGUCAUCUGAGUUCAACAUGUGAAAUUCCUGAAGAUUCCUGGGUUAUAUGGGGUCGAAUUGUUAAUGACUGGGACGAUAUUUACAAAAAGAAAACUCGAUUUGUCAAAGAUUUAGUACGUCGUGGCAUACCUCAUCAUUUCCGUGGUAUUGUCUGGCAGUUGAUGUGUCGGGCUCAUGAUUCACCAUUAAAAGAAAAGUAUGUGGAAUAUUUGAAGAUGUCUUCCCCAUGUGAGAAAGUUAUCAGACGAGACAUUGCCAGGACGUAUCCAGAACACGAAUUUUUCAAAGAAAAAGAUGGGCCUGGUCAAGAGGUUCUGUUCAAUGUGAUGAAGGCCUAUUCUCUACAUGAUCGGGAAGUUGGAUACUGCCAGGGAUGUGGUUUUAUUGUUGGAUUACUUCUGAUGCAGAUGCCGGAGGAAGAAGCUUUUUGUGUGGUUGUUAAACUUAUGCAAGAUUACCGUUUAAGAGAAUUAUUCAAACCAAGUAUGGCUGAACUAGGGCUUUGUAUGUUUCAACUAGAGAACCUUAUACAGGAACACCUGCCAGAUUUAUAUUUCCAUUUCCAAACACAGAGUUUUUACACAUCUAUGUAUGCAUCGCCAUGGUUUCUAACAUUGUUUGCAACAUCAUUAUCACUAUCGUUAUCAUGUAGAAUUAUGGAUGUUUUCAUUUCAGAGGGUAUGGAGACGAUAUUUCGUGUUGGCAUGGCAAUAUUAACAGAUAGUGCCCCACAGCUUUUACAGUUAGAUAUGGAAGGCAUGUUACGGUAUUUUCAACAUGGUGUUCCAGAGAAAUAUGACCAAGACAAAGAUGGUUUAAUGAAUUUAUCUUACCAAAUAAAAAUCAAUUCAAAAAGAAUUAAAAAACUUGAAAAAGAAUACCUUGCCAUUAAAACCAAAGAAACAGAAGAACAGAUUGAAAUGAGGAGACUUCGAACAGAGAAUCGGUUACUAAGGCAACGAAUAGAAGUACUUGAGAAAGAAAGUGCGGCAUUGGCUGACAGAUUGAUACAAGGACAGGUGACAAGAGCACAGGAAGCGGAAGAGAAGUACGGUAUCAAAAAAGAACUAGCGGCUCUGAGACAAAAUGAAGAACAGACUAACGAAAGAUUACAAGCUGCCCAAGAAGUAAUUACCUCUUUAAAAAAUAAGCCAAAGUUACAGAGUUCUAAAGCUCAAGAAGAGAUGGAUUCUGUUGUCACGGCGUUACAAGAAGAACUCAUCGCAGUAAAACUACGAGAAGCUGAAUCAUCGGCGUCAUUAAGAGAACUUGCAGACAAAGUGCAGGAACUUGAAGAGCAAAAUAAAGAGAUCGUGGAGCAGCCGAGUUAUAACGUGGCUUCAAUGCAAGAAGAGCUCAUAGCUGUAAAACUACGAGAGGCUGAAGCCAAUCUGUCACUCAAAGAAAUGAGACAAAAAGUUGCUGACCUUGAGGAACACUGGCAUAGACAUUUACAAAGAACAGUACUCAGGAGAAAUGAAACAAACAAAAAGAACAACGUUUAUCUACAAGAUGAGUUGAUGACACUGAAGUUACGAGAAGCGGAGUCCUAUGCAUCUUUGAAAGAAACUAAACAACGAGUGAUGGAACUACAGACAUUGAAUCAAGUUUGCAGUAACCAGUUAAGACGAAGUGAAGAGGAAAGAAUUCACCUGAAAGAAUUUCUGGAAGCUUCUGAAAAACGAGAACAAAAACUUCAACAACAAUUGAAUGAAGGAAACAAAAAACUUGCCUACCUGGAAGCCAAGAGUCAAGAAGACUUGGUUUCAUUCCGGUUAAAGAGAGCAGAGAUGAACACUCAGAUGGUUGAAAUGCAACAGAGGAUUGCAGAACUAGAAAUUCAGAAACAGGUAGAUCUUACCAAAGGUGAACUGAAUGACUCUGAAACAGAUCAAACAAUAAAAGAACUGCAGUACAGAAUAACUGAUCUACAAGCUGAGGUGUUGCAGUUAAGAAUCAAAGCCAAAGCCAAGUCAUCAUUCCUUCCUUUUAAAGAUGUGGUAACUAUGGCAACGUAUGACUAUGAUGAUGAUGAGGAGGAUUUCAGUGAUAUUGCUGCAGGGAUUGAUGUUUCUCAACUUGAUUCCAGUAAUGACAGUAAUCGGUUAUAUAAAAUACGGGACAUGGUAGAGAAUGAUAUACAAAAAGCAACUGAAAAAGAAAAUGUUUCUGCUUAGCAGAUAGGCCUGAUCUAAAAGACCUCUCAUAUUUUAAGUUGGUAUGGCAACAAGUAAAAAAUAGGAUGCUCAGUUAAAUCCUAUUUUUAUCUGUUUUGUCUGAGAUAGUAGUAUGGUGACAUUACUGAGAUAUUUAUAUCUCUAUUUUAUCAUCAAUGUCACUGUGUAUGUUAGCAUAUGGUCUGAUAUUUAUUGCGUAUAUCGUGCAGUCCAUCCAAGUCACAAAACAACAGGGUUUUAGUUAUGUAUGAGAUCUAUGAUGACACCAUUGUUUAAGA